AUGUCGGACAAACCGGAGAGCAGCAAGACUCGACUCGAAGAGCAUCUCAUCCAGCCAUUUUUCCAAAAGGAUUUCUUGUCAGAGUUGCCAGAGGAGGUUGCUUAUCGCAUCAUCGCCUAUUUGACACCGAGCGAUUUGACGUCUGGUCGUAUCGUUACUGGUUAUCGUGAUCGUUAUAAUCAUGAUGCGUUACGGGUUUGGAAAAUUGAUGAUGCUCAGCCGGCUUUCACUAUAAAUGGCCAUAUGGGUUAUAUUAGCACGUUUCAAGUGAGUGACGAUGGCAACUACAUUGUCAGUGGCGCAAAUGAUGGAAUGGUGCGCGUUUGGUGUGGUCAAACCGGUGCACGGCUUCAUGUUCUGCAGGGUCAUACGAGUACUGUUCGGUGCAUGAGUCUACAUGGCACAACUCUUGUUUCUGGAUCGUACGAUCAAACGCUCCGAGUCUGGGACCUUGUCGACUGGAAAUGCCUUCACAUUUUGACUGGCCACUUGGGGAUGGUUUGGUGUGAGCAAUUUGGUGGAAUUCGGGUUGUCUCUGGGGCCUCUGAUGGUACUGUAAAGGUUUGGAAUGUACAGACAGGGGAGUGUUUGCAGACGCUGACGGGUCACACCGAUGCAGUCGAAUCACUUUUGUUUGAGCCAGAGCGCGAUCUGGUCGCCUCUGCAAGUCUUGAUGCAACGAUUCGCGUCUGGGAUGUACGAAGAGGAACAUGCAUCGCAAUUCUGCUCAGUCAUCAAAGGUACUUCUAUGGCAUGCAACUUCGCGAAAACAGGUUGGUUGCCUGCUAUGCCUACCUGGACGUUGGGGUUUGGGACAUUCGUGACGGUGGUUCGUGCAUUCAUCGCUUACAGGACGUAAAUGGCCACACAUCGACCAUCACUUCAUUGCAAUGGCUUGACUCGGGACUUUUGGUGACAGGUUCUGACGAUGGCUUGGUCAAGCUUUGGGAUGUGGAUAAAGGUAUUUUCGUCCGUGUCCUCGUUCGUCUGCAAUCGGGUAGAUCUGGGGGUCGCGUUUGGCGUUGCCGUCUUAAAGCCACCGAAACAUUGCUCGUCUGUGCAGUUGGAUUGCAAAACCGAACCGGGGACACAAAGCUCAUCUUGAUCGAUUUUGAUGCGUCGUAUCCA